AUGACCUCGGACGGUGGGGCGAAACUACGCCGGAUCAUAGACGACGAGGACCAGUACUUCGCGUCGAUUCGCAUCGAGAAGUUGAUCGUCAGCAGCUCAGCAUCGGGGCCGUUCCUUUUGCGCAUCGGAGCAUACUCUGACUCCAUCUCGUACGUCCAAUAUCGAGACACGGUGUUCCAGCUGCCUUCCGGAAGCACCAUCACCCAACUCUACAUCGGUGGCAGUGGAGCUCUGCGAACAUUCACCGCCGGCCAGAACGGUGCCCUAGAGCGACUGUCCAUUGCAGACUGUCUGUUCGAUCGACUCCCGCCAACUCUGGGAAAUAUGGUUAGUUUGCAGCGUCUGGCUAUCAACAAAUGCCUUCUGACCGGGUUGCGAAUGGACAUGCUGGCCGCAAAUCGCAAUCUGAGGGAUGUCGAUCUGGCCGAGAACAAGAUUCGGCAGCUCUUUCCGUUGACCGCUAACAAGGAUACUGCCGAGUUGACCGUUGCGACAAUAAACCUUGCGAAUAACCAAAUCGAACUGCUCGAUAUGGCGGUAUUUGCUUCUCUGACGGAGCUGAAACGGCUCAAUCUUCGCAACAACGGAAUCACUCAGCUCGGAGCUUCCGCUCCUAUAAUCUUUCCCAGUCUAACGAGUCUUUUAGUGAGUUACAACAAAAUCUCUUCGGUUAAUCUAGCAAACGUUACAUUCUCUGAGUUGUCCUUGGUCAACCUGGACGAGAACGCUCUUACGAAUGUGCCGACUCAAUUGGGCAAAUUUCCCAACCGGCUCGUGCUGUCGCUCGCACAGAACAAACUUAAACGGGUUGAUCUAAGCAUGCUGCGCCCUAUAAGCUCGACGCUAGAGCAAGUCUUCUUUUCGAGCAAUGAAAUCGAAUUUGUCCACGCCAGCACCCCAAUCACAAUGCCCCGGCUGAAGCUGUUGGUACUCGAGGAAAACCGGUUAACGACGAUCAACCUGACUGGAUGUGAACUCCCCAAUAUCAGCGCAAUCGGGCUGUCCAACAAUUUGUUUAGAACCGUUCCAACGCUUUUCCAGCGUUUCCCAAACGUGCAGCUGUCUCUGGAUGGCAAUCCCCUUAAAUGCAGCACCCUUCUGUCGCUGAAAAACCGACUUACCGAGGCACGUCUCAUCAUAAACACCAUUCGGAUCACAGACCAAUGCCCCACAAACGGCUCGAUUCCCUACAAUAACAAAAAUAAAGCUUGUUGUUUCAACUAA